CUAACAAAUUCCUCCCUGCCCGUAGUUCGUUACGCACUUAAAAUCACAAUUAAUUUCGCUCUCGAUCUGAAACUUCCACUAAUUGAAGAUGAAAUCCAUCAAGGUUGAAGAUGAAUAUCAAGCCACCUCUCACUAUUGCUACAAUGACAAGGUAGAUCUGGUGACAAAGUUAUAUUCACAAGAAAAGGCAAAAGGUGGGAGUUCUAUUACAAGUAGUGACCAAAUUAAGAAAAGUGUGAGAUUUGAUGAAGGGUGCAAUCAGGUGAUACUGUUCUCACCUACUGAAGAUGCAACUCGCCAUACUAAACCGCCAAUGCAGAAGAAGAAGAAGGCGGGCGGCUGCGCGUGUGGCACACCCACCCAUAGCAGCUCACUGAAGUGCCGCCUCCACCGCAACAGAUGGGCGUCGGCGCCACUGAAGAUAACGAGCCGCCGCCCUGGGAGCGUUGAUGAUAGCCAGAUAUCACAGUUUACAAGAUUUGGAAGGGCCAUUCUGAAGUCUUUUCAAUUUUAAAAAUUUCUCUGCUGAUUAUACUUUGUAGUCCAUAGCCAGUGUUAAGGUUAUGGUUUCAUAGAUUAGGGUUGGCAUGAACUAUAUUCUUCAAAUAUUUUAUAUAAUGAGGGAUUGUAAUUUUCAAAAUCAUCAUUAUUUUAGCCGCCAAUUAUUUUAGUCCCAA